CCCAAUCAUCAACAUUACGUCGGGUUGUCUAUAAUGAAUGAUUUUUUUCAAAACGAGUUUCAGUGUUCCCAAAUCAGUGAGUGAAUGAAUUAGUUACGAAAAAAUGAAGAAAAAAUUAAAACUUUUGAGGCAAAUACUGAUUUCCGGCAUUCUGCUAGUAAAAGUCAAUGGCCAUGAGCACAGAAACGGGAAUUUCAGCGGGAAUUUCGUACGGAUACCUCGUCAAUUAUAGACCAAUUUCUUCUUCAUCCCCUGGUGAUACUGUACCCUUAGGCACAAUUCUAGAAGUGAGCUGUAAUAAUAACUAUAAAUUAGAUGGUGAUGAGACCAUUGCUUGUAUUCGUGGGAAAUGGAAACCUGAAAUCGGGAAAUGUUUGCGUACUUGUCCCUCCAUACACAGCACAACGGUUAUGACAGUGACCUGUACGUACGAUGGCAAAUCAUUAAAAUCUUGUAAAGAUCCUUUGGACGGUACAAGAGCAAGAUUUCAGUGUGCACAGUUCUAUGAAGCUCAAGGGUUUUUCAAGUUUCCAGUGCGAGUGUGCUCAAAUGGCCAGUGGAGCGGUGGUCUGCCAGAAUGUGUACCAGUGUGCGGAAAAAAAGGUAUCACAAAAGACCCCACACUGAUUGUCGGAGGUUCCACUACAACAUCUUUAGAGUAUCCCUGGCAAGUGGCUUUAUAUGUAAAAAGUACAAAAACGUUAAUCUGUGCAGGAACGUUACUAAAUCAAAAGACAAUCGUAACAGCUGCCCAUUGUAUAACAGAUCUAAAUGGUAAACUACAAUCAAAAGAACUCUAUAUUGUAGCCGUUGGAAAAACGUAUCGAGAUUAUGACGAUUCAAGAGACACCAAAACCCAAUUUUCUUCUAUACAGGAGAUGUACAUUCCUAGACAAUACAAAGGAGACAUUCGACGCUACUUUGGCGACAUCGCAGUCCUUAUCACCACUAGAACCUUCACUCUUUCCAUAAAUGUGCAACCCAUUUGUGUCGUUUGGGAAAAAAGUUUUCACCAAUCACUUGAAAAUCCAGCUCGAGACCAAAAUGCGUACGUUAGCGGCUGGGGCUUUACUGCUGAAAACAAAGAUCCUUCACAUGUUCUUAAAACAUUGGAAGUUCCGCUCAUAACUAACAGUGAAUGUGAGAAAAAAUUAGGUGAAGAUGAUUUGCAGUAUCUGGCUGAUGACAAAUUAUGUGCUGGUUUCGUAGACUCUAGUAUGUCUGUGUGUAAAGGUGACAGUGGUGGAGGUCUAGUUUCCAAAUUUGAAGACAGGUACUACAUCAUAGCAGUUGUCAGUCUUGCUCCACAAGCACCCUCUGCUGAAGGUGGAUGCAACAGUCAAACAUAUGGUUUAUACACCAGUUUUUCUUAUUACCUCGAGGACUUCAUAAUUGACAUAGAAGCUAGAUUCAGACCCUACGCACAUGUACCCUGCCCCGAUAAUAAUUGUGUGGUUCCUUCGACACAAUCGCUGCCAACUUCUGUGAUAGUUCCAUCAGCAACAACGCCAAAAACACUAACAACAUCUACAGGUUGUACCUUGCCCGACUAUCCUGACGAAGGUAGCUGGAUUAUUGUUGGACCGUCUUUAAACAAUUUUGUACCUGGAAAAGAGGUACCACUAAGAACUCGUUUAAAAGUAGUAUGUAAACGAAAAUACAUUCUUGAUGGGAAACAAUACGUGGUUUGUGAUAAUGGGCACUGGUCACCCAAGGUUGGAGUUUGUUUACCUACCAACAUCACAGUCACCACAUCACCACCAAGUAGAAGCAGACAUGGCAUUCCACCUUUAGAAGACAAGCAUUUAAAUCUUUAUUAA